CGUCUCUUUCUACCAAUCAUAUUCUAAAGUAUUUGGGCGUGGCUUUCGGGUUGCCAAGGCAACGGGGCCUGAAACCCCUGGUUAGAAGCGAUGGAUGGAUUCUGAGGCGGCGGAGCUACUGAGAUUCCCUGAGACUCAGGUCCAUGGCAGAGGUCCAUGUCAUCGGUCAGAUCGUGGGAGCCAGCGGAUUCCCUCGCAGCAGCCUUUUCUGCAAAUGGGGGAUCCACACAGGAGGGGCCUGGAAAUUGCUUUCAGGACUCCGGGAAGGACAGACGCAAGUUGACCACCCUCAGCUGGACGACGUGGCUUACUGGUCCCAUCCUAUCGAUGUCCACUUUGCCACCAAGGGCUUGCAAGGCUGGCCCAAGCUCCAUGUCCAGGUGUGGCACCAAGACUCCUUCGGCCGCACCGAGCUCUAUGGGUACGGCUUCCUCCACGUGCCUUCGAGCCCUGGCUCCCACCAGUUGGAGUGCGUGACCUGGCGCCCACUGGGCUCCUGGCAGGAGCAACUCUCCCAGCUCUUUGUGGGCGGUGGACCCCAGUUGCUCAACAGUGACCUCAUCUACACCGGUGCUGACCGCUACCGCCUGCAGACCUGCGCCAUGGGCACUGUCCAUCUCCAAUUGACCGUCAUUCUGCGUAAUUUUGAUCGCUAUGGUGUGGAGUGCUGACCACAGUCUGUGUCCCACUGUGGCAGAAUGGCCGAGGAAGGAGGUAUGUGAUUUUCUUUUAAGACUACGGAUCUUCAAAGAAGACUUCUGGGAUCAUGGACACAGGAUCCUCAGAAGGAGAUACAACUUUCUGGCACAGUCCGUGGACAGUGCUUUCAUCUCCUGGACAGAUACAAAGCUCUUUCCUAUCAGUUACUGAGAGGUGGAACGUACGGGCCAAUUUGCCUGAUGCUGGUCCCUGGCUCCAGGACACAGAGUCUUAAAGGGGCAGUUUUCCUUCAGUCACUUCUUGAUUGUGUUUAGGAUGAACAACAUGCGUCAUGGCCUCACAUAUCUUUAGGCCCCAUGUGCUUUUGGGGAUUUGGUUUGUUGUGUGAAUUUGGCCAAAAGAGAUACUGUAUCCAGUCUUUGUGCCCUGGGGUCAUUUCCUUUUUUUAUUCUAUAAUGAAUGUCUCUCCUUUUUGUAUUAAAUGGGUUUUCUGCAAAAUUCA